AUGACGAUGUUUGAGCGAAAAAGAGCUGGAGUCGACUUAUCAAAUACUUCGGUUCGAGUUUGUGGUCUUCGAGCGAAGGUAAUUGAUACAUGUGCUGAAUUCUAUCUCCUUUUCACACGAACUCUUAUAGUUCUGGAAGUGAGCAGUCCGUAUUAUACAGAUUACCUAAUUCUCGUUGUAUUCUCUAUCAUUCGUGUUGGUUUCAGCUCUAUUUAUUCGGUGGUUUUGAUGAGAUUGAGCUGGUGCAAUGGAUUAGCCGAUGAGGAUGAUUUGGAGAAGAAUAAAAUAUACGAAUGUAUUCAAGAAAUGGGAAUAUAUAAAUGCACGAAAUGUUCUGAAAGUGAGGAUUGUGAUGAGGAGGAGAACGAGAAGAUUGAUUGA